UUCACUUCAUAAAUUGUUCUGUCAUUACAAACGAACCAAAUUUUACAAGCUGAAAAUUUAGUCGUCGCUAAGCCUUUGAUGUGAUCAUGUCGAACCUGUACACCGAACUGAAGAACGAGUGGAGCAAACAUGCCCCGAAUCUGGCCCACUGCUCCCAACUCCUGGAUGGAUUCAAACUGGAGCUUGUGAGGUCCAACUUCGGAACCAUUCAAGUGGCAUCGAGUUCGAACCAGAAGGACCAACUGAUCAAAUCCCGAGAGAUGCUGGAGAUUGCCGUGGAGCACAGCAUCACAAUCAGGGACUACGCUGCUUUUGAGAGAUACAUGGCCCAGUUGAACACCUACUACUACGACUACGAUAAAUAUUUGGAGUCAUCCAAGCACAUGCACAAGUUCAUGGGCCUGAAUCUGCUCUACAUGCUGGCUACCAAUCGCAUUGCUGAUUUUCACAUCGAGUUGGAGCGUUUGCCGUCGACUUUGUUGCUUCACAACAGCUUCAUUAAUCCCGUUUUGGCUCUGGAGAACUACUACAUGGAGGGGAGGUACAACAAGAUACUGCAAGCCAAGAACUCCAUGCCGUCGGUUAUCUAUUCGAACUUCAUGGACAUGCUGGUGAACACGGCUCGCGAGGAGAUCGCAUCCUGCAUGGAGAAGUCAUACCUCAAGAUGGCUCCCAAACAGGCUGCCCAGCGUUUGGGACUUCGUCCUGGAUCUAAGGAGCUAUUGGACCUGGCCCAGAGGCGUCAUUGGGAUCUGGAUGAGGAGGGAAACUACGACUACGCCGGACUACAUACCAGACCAUUGGAGAAGGUGCCUGCCAAGGACAUUGCCACCCAUAAUCUCACCUAUGCCCAGGAGCUGGAGAAAAUUGUUUGAUAUUUUUCAUUAGUUCGAUUCUUUCCGUUAAUCCAAUCACCCAGAAAAUAAUAUUCAGAAUUUAUACGUUCAUCGAGAAAUCAGUAAAUACCGAACCGGAAA